UUGGCUUACAAUAAAAUACACAAAAGCUGAUUGGUAUAAUUCAGCCUCAUUGAAGUAUUUAGAAUCAUCUUCUUGCAGAUCUGUUGUUAAAAAAGGAGCGAUCUUUAUAUACCAAAUUUGGAAAUAUCUUGAAUUAUAUUGCACUAGUGUGAUACUUUUAUUUAUCACUUAA